AUGCAAUCGACACAGACACGAUCAUACUACGGCAAAAAGUUUCCACCCGAGGUCGUUAAACGCAUCCUCCAAAAUCUGCAUCACGAUCUCAACGAGCUACCGUUCCACUACGCGUUAGUCGGGAAAGAUUGGUUUCGUAUUUGGUUAUCCUAUGGUUGGAAAAAAGUUAGGGACAUUUAUCGGAUACUGAUUGCGUUGACGCAAGGCGAGAUCCGAACCUCGCCCACCGAAGCAAACUGGCUUCGUUUCGAGUCCGUCUACGCUCCGCACGUACAACAUAUCGUCCUCCGUCCUUGUGUAAACCGUCCACCAGCCAUGAGAGGUAUAGCUAGACUAUACAUGCUCUUCCUCGAACGAUACCCGACCGCACUAAGCAUUCCCGAUGCGGAGAAUGGGCCACUCCGGAUAUUCAGAAAUUUACGCUUCAUAAGUCUCCUCUCCUUCUGCUGCGUCGAGCUCCCAGAAACCGUAGGCCACUUUAUCGCCAUAGCGUAUAUGAUCUCCCACCCCGGCGUUAUCGGAUUCGAAGUCGUUGAACACCAUCAAAAGCUCCGAAAACAUGGGAUCCAAUUGGGAUAUACGUAUCAAGGUGUUUCGGUGCACGGUACGCCAGGGAGCUACCAGAUCCAGGUUCAUCUUAAACGGUUCGGUGUCUAUGGACCAAAGAAGUUCAAGAGAUGGCUCGAUGUACUCGGUGGUGCGUGGGCAAAGACGAGUUCGAGGAAUAUCAUGCUUCCGAAGGAUAAAGAGGGAUUGGAUUCGCUUGCAGCGAAGGGGUAUAAUAAUCAUUCGACGGUUUUUUUUACGCACACAGUUCGUCGUACUCCAGAGGAGAUCAAGGGUCUACCACUGUUACUUGGGUCUUGGACGUCGUUGAGAGAGGUGGACUUGAAGUUUUCUUGGGUUGUAGCUCUGCAGUUCUUGAACAACUUGUUACGCGGUCACAGUCAGACGUUGACGAAGGUUAGGUUUGAGUUGCAAUACAAGCUUAGCAAGGGGUGUGGGAUUGAAGAUGACAGUGGGCUGUUGGAGGCUCUGAGGGUUCGAAGUCUGUUCGAAAAGAUAUCAGUUUGUGCGCCGUCCCUCCUGUCUCUCGAGAUCAUCGUUCACCCGGUGGACUCGACAAUGCUCGAGUACGAAAAUGUGGUCCGGUCCACAAGGUCAAUAACUUUCGAUGUCCUUCGACCCCUACGCGGGUGUAGCAAGCUCAAAGUAUUGAAGAUUAGGGAUAUCUACCCUCCCAUGAUGAAUACUCGAGAUGUUGACCGGCUCGUAAAGGGGUGGAGUGAAAUGAACACGUUUGCUCUUGCACCUUCGAAGGACGUUCUUGGACAGUGGCACGCUAGGAAAGGUGGCUGGAAGGAUACGAGUUUGGCCAUGACUAUGGUGGAUGUGGGAGUUGUGAGGGUUUUCAGCAAACGAUGUCCUAGAUUAUCAUCGUUCGAGGUGUUAUUGGGACGAUCGCCCACUCGGAUGGAAUUGGGUCAAUUGAAUUUUAAUGCGCCGAGACUGGCCAAGGUGAAAACCAUAUUCAUUAACAACUUUGGUUUAGUGCCAAGAGGGUCAGAUGUUUAUUGGUUUAGAGGAGAGAGUGGGCUGUGA